GUUCCCAUGAUCCUGGUUGGAAACAAGUGCGACCUGGAGGUGGAGCGGGUGGUGGCCAAAGAGUCGGGCAUCGGCCUCGCCCGCCAGUGGAACUCCUGCGCCUUCCUGGAGACCUCGGCCAAGAGCAAGAUCAACGUCAACGAGAUCUUCUACGACCUCGUGCGACAGAUUAACAGGAAGAGUCCAGUUCCAGGAAAAACUCGCAAAAAGUCCACCUGUCAGCUUCUCUAAUGACAGUUUCCUGCUCACCUGACCGACAACCAACCAACCAACCAACCAAUCACAGGACAUCUUCCAGCUGGUCACACCCCUUUAACAUAACCAUGUCAUCAUCAACAUCAGCCACCUCUGACCUCUGUUUCCAUGACGACCCUUUUCCUCCCCACCCUGUUUAACAGAGACUGUUGCCUUGGCUACAUAUUCCAAACACCCAGACACGGCGACGGCGAUGAUGAUGACGAUGAAGAUGUUAUUGCAGGAAUUAGAAAACAACUACCCAAAUUUAAACCACAGUUCCCAUCAUGCUCUCUGCAUAGCCAUUUUGCUCCGGGGAGUGGCUUCUUGCUUUUUUAUGUUUAGAUGUUUCUUUCCUGUUUUCCUUCCUUCUUAUUUUCCAGCACGACAGAGCCCGUCACACAGCUUAACCACUGUCAGCCAUGUUGGCGCCACGGCUACCGUGUUGAUGUUGCGUGUAACAUGGCUGACUCUGUAUAUGUGUCUCUGGUUGAACCUGUGGAUCCAUACAGUGAUUAUUAUUAUUAUUAGUUAUAAUUAUAAUUAUGUGUGAAAGGGUAUAAAAUUAAUUUCAUGUUUUUGUUUUUUAUUUGGGGGUGGGGGCCGGGGGGGUUGGGCGUGCAGCAGGUCGGGCGUUGGCUCACCGCGUUGCUAACUUUAAGCUAACUUCAGUUAGCUGACCACUAUGACUCAACUUGUAAAAGGGAUUGCUUGUUAGCAUAUUGUUAAAGAAAUGAAUGAGCUUGCUAGCCGAGCAGCUAUUACAAUGUAGCGCCAUGUGUGGUGUGAUAGCAUUAUUGGGAUAUCCCCCCAAAAAUGAUCGUAGCUGCUGAGCAUAGGCUGUGGUGAAUGCUAUCAAAAUGAAUUCCCCUCGGGAGUGCUAGUGAUGUUCACAUAUUUUUUUAAAGAAAUGAAUGUGUACAUUAGAAUACCUUGGUAUGUCAGGGAAUGCUAAUAAUUCUAUUUCAAUAUGUGAGGGCUGUUAGCAUUGUUUGUAUCUCAAAGAGACAGGUGGAAGCUGCCAGAUACAGGCUAGCUCUUACUGCUAGCAGCUAAUGGAAUGAUUUAGCAAUGGUGUGAGCAGUUGCUAAAAAUGUUAAGGAGUGUUAAAGAUGUCAGCAUAUUCAUAAAGAAAUACAUGCAUGUUAA